UGAUCGACAACGCGCGUUCGUGACGUUUUUGCCAUCACUUCGAUUUGCAAAUCGAUGUGGUGAGCGUGUGUUUCUCGAUUUAUUUGUUCGCUUUUGUCAAAAACGAUUUCCGCGUGAUUGCUGGCCAUUUUUACGAUUGCCAGCAGCCUCCCUUAUUUGUCCGGGGAAAAUUUACACCGACUGACCGAGCUUGAAUCCAUUCCGUAUGACGGACACCGAGGAGUUCUCGACGAAUCUGGCCUCGCAGUCCAUCGCCUUCCACACCAAGCCAGACCCCAUCAUCAGCAACGGGAUGCCGGGUGUCACCGCCAGCAACCCCCCGACCCCCACGGAGGCCCCGGCGGCGGCGGUGGCGGUCGUCGACGCUCCCGUCGUCGUCGUCGCCCUGCCGACCACCCCGGAGCCGCCCGUCACCCUGGACACGGUGUAUCUGUUCCUGGAGGAGGCCGCCAACAAGAACCAGACCCUGGCCCCGUGGAAACUGCACAUUGAUCAGGCGCGCCAUAUCGUGGUCUUCUACCAGCUGGACAUGCACGGACGGGAUCUGCCGCGCUUCUCCAAAGCGCUGCGUCUGGAGCAGGAGAGUGCCGUCAGUCGCUGGGUGAAGGCCACCAUCUUCCUGGGCGAGCGCCGGAUGACGGAUGAUUUUGUGAAGAUUAUUCUCGGCCGCGUGCUGCUGCAGGAAAUCGGGGAUGUGGAGCGGCUGCUGCAGCAUGUGGAGCGCUUUCCCAUGGAUGCGUCGUUCGAGGGGUCGCCGCUGCUGAAUUUGGGCGUGGAUCAGGGCGUCAAUACCAUGCCGAUGAUGUUCCACAACGGCAGUAUGACCGUGUACGAGCGCAGUGAGCCGGCGUCCCUGACGGCGCUGCCGCCGGCCACCCUGACCCCGCCGGCCGUGCGCGGACGUCGCGGCCGCAAGAAGGGCUUCAGUCCGCGUCGGGCGCAGACCAUCUCCACCCUUCCGGAUCCCCCUGCUGCUUCCACCAUCAUAUCCACCGCCCUCACCGCGGCGGGGUCGUCUUCCAACCGGGUGACCCGCUCGGCGCACCGCGGCCUGUCCACCGUCGCCAAGACGAUGGCGCCGGCGCCGGUGGCCCCCGUGUUCGAGGUGUCCAUUCUCAAGGAUCCCAAGCGCUUCUACUGCACCCAGUGCGAUAAAUCCUACACGGCGCUGCAUAACCUGCGCGCUCACACCGACAAGACCCAUCCCCUGACGACGGGGGUGACGCUGAGUGGCGGAGGCGGCGCGGUGGUGAAACGCGGACGUGGACGCGGGCGUGGAGGCCGCCGGGGACGGGGAGGGCGGCGGGGACGCGGACGCAAGCGCCCGGUGCCGGCGGCGGUGACGGCGAUCGCCCCGCAGGUGGUGGUGCCGGUGCUGAACGGCAUGGAGGAGAGCGCCACGGAGAGUGAGCCGCGCGGAUCGCAGACGGAAGAGAUGACGCAGGCGGCCGUGGAGGCCCUGGACGGCGCCGGCGGCGCGCCCGGCUCCAGCAGCGGAAAAGGCGGCCGUCAUGCCUGCCAGUACUGCGACAAAUCCUACACCCAGCGUCACAAUCUCACCACUCACCAGAAGAAAUGCCACCCGGUGGAGUACGCCUUCCCGGACAGCUACGCCGCCCAGCAGGCCGCGCACCACCACACCCGCGGCCAAUCGGGCUCCAGCGGGACAGGAGGGGGAAGUAGCGCGGCCGGGGACGGGAACCCCAAGUACGGCUGCCAGCACUGCGGCCGGCAGUUUGACCGGGCGCAGACGCUCAAAUUCCAUCUGAUCCGCGCUCACCCGCAGGAGGAGGCCAAACGCAACGGCGUCGACGAGGAUGUGGACAUGGAAGAGGGCCCGGGGACGGAGGAGGACCGCUCGCAGGUGUACGAGUUCGCCGACGCCAACGGCUGAAACAGGGGACGUUGGGGCCGGGGGAAUCUCAGUCUCUUCCUUUUUGUCGGCUGAUGCGGAUGUGUUUGGGUCUCAGUUGUUCGUUAAUCGUUGCAUUAUUUACAAACAUAUUAUUUACCAGUAAAAUACAUUAUGAUUAUUUGAAAUUGCUAGGUCGAAUAUUUGUUUUUCUUUUUGUUAAGAUUGUUUCGCGGCGCGGAUUGGUGUUUUGGCACAGGGAAUGCAGAUUUGUAGGUUUGAUGUUUUUUUUUGUUCUUGAGGAUGAGGUUGAACGUUGUGUACUUGGUGGAAUUCGGUUUGAUUAGCGGCUGUAUUGUACUGGACUCGGGUUCGUUGCAUGGGUAGAGGCGCAAUGAUUUUGGAGAUUUUGUUGUUAAGCAUAGCAGGGAAUUUUACUUUGGAUGAAAUUCGUAAUAAAGAUUUUGUUGUA